GUCACCGGUCAUAGGGAUUAUUUCAAAUAAGACUUCUAACAAAACCAUGUGCUUCUCGCCGCUUGAUUCGCUUAAAACCGACGACCGCCCGUAGACACUUCCGGGGUCUUGUUCCAGUCUUCCCGUUCAACCAGCACCUUCUUAAACCCCCUCUCCAAUUGUUUCUUGAUACGGAGUAUUGCAUCGAGAGCCCCAAUUACCUGUCGUUUUCGCACCACAAUCCCUACAAUUUCGGUUUAUAUUUCGCCCGAAAAGAUUAAAGAUGUGCAGAGGCUUUCAUCCUAACGGGGGAGAUUGCGUAAACCUGCGAGCUUUUUACCUUCACAUAUCCUUGCUCUCCCCACCCAGAAAACCCCUGCCCGAAAUCUUGACGCUCAAUUACCCCCCGCGCAUUGACGAGAGCCCGUUGGAGAUAAGCGGCUCCGGUGUCCGAUCCAAUGCUCCCGGAUUCCUAUCGCUCCACCGCGUUCUCUCCGCCGGCACGGCAGUGUAUGGGAGCAGGGAGAGAGUGAAAGCCGGCGAGGGUGCGAGGUUCGAACUAUACGCAGGGGAUUGCAAAUUGAUGAAGGGGAUUUUCCGGAAAGACUGGGGAGGCGAUUCUUGGAAACUGGAGUGCAAAUUCGUGGUGUCCGAGGAGGAGAACAGUGGCCUGGGAAUCAAAGGGGCGGAGGUGCGCGUGUGGCUGGAGGGAGACCCGGCGGAGCCGAUCACGGAGAGGGUGGAGAUGGCGCAUACGCGUAGGACCGUGCGGCCGCGGUGUGAGAGGCUGGAGGAGAUUCCGGAGGGAAGGGAAACUGAAAGUGAGGCUGAGGGGUGUUGCUGCGGUGAGGGAGAGGCAGAGGCCGUGAUGGGCGGAAGAGAAGACUGUCUGGUGCCGGCGGUGGAGGGAGUGGGGUGGGCGGUGGACGCCGGAAUUUGGAUUCUUUGUUUUGGCGUGGGGUAUUUGGUCAGUAGAGCUUCGCGGAAGAAGGUGAUGAGAAGUCUGAUGUCUUAACGAAAAAUUCACACUUGAUAUAGCCAUAGGAUUAGGAUUGUUGAGUGUGAGAAAAUUUGUACAGUUACACUACUUCACUCUUUAGAUUUAACAUGAAUUCACUAUGUAUAUUCUUUUUCCACUUCAUCUACUUUUAAUACUCUUCCAUCUCUAUUUUGAAUUUGGUAAUAUUUUUCCAUAAAUUUGUCCAAAAUACCCUUCCACAUUAAUAUCGACCCGUCAUCCUUAUCUUCUCGAAACAUCCACCCUUGCCCUACCCCUCUUUCGCUCGAAAAAAUCUUCUUCCUAAUCUUCUACAAUCAAGCAGUUGUGCUUCU